UAAGAACAAGGAAAUAUAUGUAAUAGUAGUUGAUUUUGUUAGCUCUUAUCAAACUUUGGCAUGACCUAACAUCAAAUCCACAUUAAAGAGCCAACAGAAACAUAGUAAUCUAAUAACCUAACAUAUCAUUUCUCACAUUAGGUAUAGGACAAUAUACCAGAAAGAAAAGAAAACAUGAUUGCCUUUUGGUAAUACUGAUGAAAAUGCUUUGACAUUACUACAUUGAUAAUUCUACUUAAACAAAUUGGUUGUCUUAAGCUACAUCAUAUCAAUAACUAACUAAUCACUUUUUUCCACUCUAUAAAUAACAAUGUUAUCCACAACUAGAAGCUAAGAAACAUUGAAUUAAUAGUACUAAUUUGCUUGCAUGGCUUCUAUGGUUACAUUAAUCUUGAUUUUAUUUCUCUUUUUUUCACUAGUUUCAACAGGGAAUUCACUUAGUUAUAAUUACUAUGAAAAGACAUGUCCUGAUGUAGAGUUCAUUAUUGCCAAGACAGUAAAAGCUGCCACUGCUUCGGACAAAACUGUCCCUGCAGCGCUUCUCCGAAUGCACUUCCAUGACUGCUUCAUUCGGGGAUGUGAUGCUUCUGUGCUGCUAAACUCAAAAGGAAGCAACAAAGCAGAAAAAGAUGGACCACCAAAUGUUUCUCUGCAUGGAUUCUUUAUCAUUGAUAAUGCAAAGAAAGCGGUAGAAGCUGCUUGUCCUGGUGUGGUCUCUUGUGCUGAUAUCCUAGCACUAGCAGCAAGAGAUGCUGUAUUUCUGUCUGGAGGUCCAGGUUGGGAUGUUCCUAAAGGAAGAAAAGAUGGAAGAAUAUCCAAGGCCAGUGAAACAAUACAGUUACCAUCACCAAACUUCAACAUAUCACAACUACAGAAGAGCUUCUCUCAAAGAGGUCUCUCAAUGGAAGACUUGGUAGCCUUGUCAGGAGGACAUACCUUAGGUUUCUCUCAUUGUUCAUCCUUCAACAGCAGAAUCCACAACUAUGAUGCUACACAUGAUGUGGACCCUAAAUUAAACCCAUCAUUUGCAUCAAAGCUAAAAUCAAUUUGUCCAAUAAAAAAUCAGUUAAAGAAUGCAGGCAGCACUUUAGAUGCUUCUUCAACUACAUUUGAUAAUACAUAUUACAAGUUGAUCCUCCAAGGGAAGGCUAUAUUUUCUUCUGAUCAAGUUCUUAUUGAUACUCCAAAUACCAAAGAUCUUGUAUCUAAGUUUGCUACCUCACAAGAUGAAUUUUAUAAGGCUUUUGUGAAAUCCAUGAUCAAAAUGAGUAGCAUCAAUGGUGGUCAAGAGAUUAGGAAGGACUGUAGGGUGGUUGGUUAAUUAGGAAGCUUUUCUUGGUUUAAUUCUAGUUGAGCUGUGAUAUUCUGAUUCGUUUCGACAUUCUGUCUUUGGCAAGUUCAAUAAGCUAGAUAGUUUAUAACUUUGAUUGACUUAUAAGUUCCCUUCACCAAAGUAGAGAUGUAGGUGUUGGCUACAUGAGUUUAUCUCAAUAGUUUGUGAAGUAAGUUUUUUGAGAAGCUGUUUCAAUAUAAUUUCUUAGUCUAUAGAA